CUGUGUGACGAGAAACUGUCCGGUGGGACAACUUGGGACCGCGCGUCAAUUCUUUGCGUUUAGUCGGUUUUUAACGGAUUUUAAAAGCUUCAUUCUUUUCCCCCCAGAACUGACUGACGUCAACAGAAUAAAAGGGGUCUAAUGUGUAUGAGGUCCUCACCCCACCACCUUCAGGGACCAUGCCCUGUCUCCAUAGCAACGUCUGGCCCCAGGUUGGCCCAGAGUGAGUUUGGGUCAAACCAGGCCUAAGCAGGCCUGACGUGGACCAGACCAGGCUGAGGUGGGCCCGAAGCAGGCCAGAGUGAAGCAGAGACAUCAUGCACCAGCUGUUUGGCCUGGUUCUCGGCCAGAGGGAUCUGUCGCGGGCUGGAGACCUCUUCUCCCUGGAAGACUCUGAGAUAGAGGACUGUCUCUCACAGGCCCUGGAGGAAAUCAAGGCUAUCUCCUGCUCUCCUGACUACCUGACCAAUGACAAUGACCAGGCGGUGGUGGAGAUCUGCAUCACGCGCAUCACCACGGCGAUCAGGGAGACGAGGUCCAUCGAGCGCCAUGGGGGGGCGUUAGUGAGUCUGUGGGAGUCCUGUCUGGAACACAACCUCACCCCCCAGGGCAAAGACGAAGACACACCCCAUGCCAAGAUAGCCUCCGACAUCACCAGCUGUAUUCUGCAGGUACACUACACACACACACCACUUU